AUGGACCAGGACUCAUGUGAGUGGCAGUGUUAUCUGGACAACAACUGCGUCAGCAUAAACUUACAGUUUGAAGGAACAGAACGAAACUGCGAGUUGAAUAAUUCAACUCAUAAUGAACACCACGAGGACUUUAUCGGAGCAGAGGGCUACUUUUAUCGUGGAACAGAAGUGAGUUCAUGUUAUUAUAUAGUUUGUACUUUACUUAUCCAUUUCGAGUUGAUGUAACACCAAACAAGUUUUAAGGUUUCGGUUCCGCACAAGCGACUCGUUGGAUUGUAAUAGUAUGCUUCCAGAAGUUUCACAAUAGAGGGGAGGAAGCCACGCGCGCGCCCAAACCCCCCCCCCCCUCUCCCAGGCUACUUUCCUAUCAAAUGCGUUACAAGGGAGAGUACAAUCAGAGCGGCCUCAAAUGCAGCUUUCCUCGAGUCUUUCAAUCGACGUUUUCAUGUGAAUUCACGAAAAAUUGUUUAAUUCAGUUCGUCAAUGUUUGUUCAAUUUCUGCGACCACCCAAUUUAUACUUAGAUGAGCGACUUCCUUUCAAAACUUGCCACCAUGAAGGGUUGUCUUGCACUGAUUUGUUGAUUUGAUUUGAUCUUAUUUGAUUUUAUUUGAUUUUAUGAACAAAUUAGUGUGUAGCAAGCAAGAAAAACUUACACUAUUUUUCUGUACAACUUUUUCUGUUCGGAGUUUGUUUCCGGCAUUUAUCAGAUCAGGUCUUUUUUUUCAGCCUAACGCCUAUCCUUACUUCAGUUUAACAGAUUUAUAAUGAAGUCAAGGAAGCUGUCUGCUGAUAGAAAUUUUAAAUAAUUAAUAAAUCUGAUACAUGACAAAUCCCGUGCUUUACCUCAUAUUUCUCAGAAUGCUUGCGGUGGUUCACCCUGCAAGAACAACGCAAUUUGCCAAUCUGGUUUCACAAGCAAAAGGUAUCGCUGCUUAUGUAUUUCUGGAUAUACAGGCCAUGACUGUGGAGAAGGUAAAUGGAAAAGAGCUGGUUACUAAUGCACUAAUGCACUCACUAUUGCUUUACCAUUGCAAUAAACCACGCAGUAUAGUUGGCAAACACUACAAAAUCUAAAGUUGUUAUAUUAGUAUUAUGAGUAUUAUUCUGUCGUCCAAAGUGUGUUAUGCUGGUAAACCGACAGAGAGUGUUGUAAUAGUUAAAAAAAAAAGGAAAAAGCAAUAGCUAUUAUACGGAAGUUGUGUUUCACUUUUUUUUGGUUGAGCAAUUGGAAAGAGCUUAGUGUCUCCUGCAGCUACCCUAAGAGUUGUUGCCACACGGUGGUUUCAAUUAGUAAACCACAAACCGCAAACAGACACAAGUGUACAUAUAAAAGUGACUUUUGAAAAAACCUGCGAGUAAUCAUUAUCAAAGGAAAUUCCGUUUGCCCCCAUUAAAAUUUUGUGUUCCGCAUUGUUUUCAAUAUCUCUGGGACCCGAAAUCGUCCAAACCAUAGAAAAAAUGCUUACAAAAAUCUUAAAACGAAAAUCAAGGUGUAUCAUGGGAGAUUUGAAAAAGCAGAAUGCAUGAUUCCGCAAUUUCCAGUAGGUUCUACACAGGCUUGGUUUGUGUGACAAUUUUCUAGAACAAUAAUCUGAACCUUGAGCUCUCUAUCCUUCAAUAAAUGAAAAAGAAAGAAAAAACAUGAAUCUCGCCAUUAAAAUGGAGUGAUGAAAGCUGUGAAAAAAAGAGAAUCUGGAUUUAACAAUUAUGACCAACUUUUGAUCAUGGUCAAUUGGCGUGCAUACAAAAUCAUAUAAACUGGUUGACCAUUGGCUGUACAUGAACUGAACAUAUUAAUCAACUUGCAAUUGUCUCUCACAGAUAUCGAUGAGUGCUCUCAAGUAAACGACUGCAGUGAACAUGCUAAUUGCCACAAUACCGCUGGAUCUUAUGACUGCAUAUGCCGAGAGGGAUAUUGUGGAGACGGAUACACCUGCGAGAAGGCUGGUAAAGACUGUUCCUUUAAGAAGAUGGUCUAUAACCAUAUGAUAUUGGCCUGUUGGAUAAAUUAGUAAAAGACAAAAUGUUGUACUAAAUGCAACACAGACAGCGUCAUUGUUGAUCAAUUGUCGGAAUCCAGUAUUGCACCGAUUUUAGUUCGCUUUACGCCGCUAUAAUUGGUCAAAAAACUCGCUUCACCUUCUCGAUCCAACAAAAGUAAAAUGAAAACAAAAGUCAAGACUCAAUCAGUUGGACACAAUACGAUAUAUACAAGUUUUAAAUUUGCACCUGUCUAAGCACUUAUGAUCAGUCAGCAGCGAUGCAACUGUACAAAAAGAGAACGCCCGCUACGAAACAAGCUGAAGGACCCUUUUACUUAAUAAUCGGCUUUUAAAUCCACUAACGAUUUUUUUUUCAGAGUUCGUCAUCGAGUCAACGAUAUUAUCAGACAAUGAAUAUUACCGCAGUCAUCUGUAUAGAUUCCUGGUUCCAGCUGUUGGGAACGUUUCUCAAUGGUCGUUUUGCUUUCGCGCUUCCCUUGGAGAUAUCGCAGACUCUACAUUUCACAGGAACUGCGAUGGAAAAAUUGACACUAUCACUAUCAUUAAAGUGAAUAGCUACGUAUUUGGUGGAUAUAUCGACAUUCCUUGGUGUAAGCUAUUGAACCAAUAGACCGCACAUUCUAUCGGUUCACCGGCCGGCGUACUAACCCACGCGGGAUGUUGGGAGAACAAGAGAAAAGUUUGUAAAGCACGAGCCGUGUUCUGCCAACAUCCUACAUGGGUUAGUAAUCCGGUAAACCGAGAGAAAGAGCGGUAUAUUGUUUUUAUAGAAUAAAUUUUAAUUUUCUACGGGUUUAACAGUGCAAUUAAGGAUAGGUUUUUGACCAAUCAGGAGGCUCGUGGUAAUUUCUCAGUUAUUUUAUAACAACAGACAACUUUUUCGCUAGAAUUCCAGACUCAAUGAUGGAAUUAAACUCUUCUGGGAUUAUCUACAAUCCCAGAAGAAGUCAACCCUGGGUCCAUAAUGAUUACACGAGAACACAAAGUGGGCCCAUCUUACCGCCUCGAGAUUUCACGCUUUCAUCCCGUGAAAAACUACUUGUAAUCUGCCUACAUACCUGGUGAAUUCUGGGAACUUCUUUAAAGUUACAAGAACAAACAUCUGCGGUGUAAUUGCACAAGAUAAGAACCUCGGCUUUAUUGCUUUUUAACAUAGCGCAGUAUCCAAUCCUCCAAAUAAACUCACUGAGCUCUCCGUGCGCACCACUUGCUUGGGUCGUUCAGGAUGACGAAACUGAGAUUAUUUCACAAAUAAAUGAAGGGGUGACUGUGGUGCUGCGUCGGUGAGAGAGUAUAGCAGGUAAUUUAGUGUUAACAACUAAGUUGAAAACGUGAAUUAGCCACCGUAAAGGGUAAAAAAGUUGACGUUUCGAGUGUUAGCCCUUCGUCAGAGCGAUCUGACGAAAGGGCUAACGCUCACGCUCGAAACGUCAGCUUUUUUACCCUUUACGGUGGCUAAUUUACGUUUUCAACUCAGUUGUUAACACUAAAUUACCUGAGAUUAUUUCACACUUUAACAAGGUCAUACCUAACCAAAGGUUGAGAGUCCCCUUUUUGAUGUGUUCCGGUGACCGGUUUAAUUCACGCGUUUGACAAUGACGCAUAUAUUUAAACUCAUUUAUACGUUUCAAAUUCGUGAACUGCCUGUGGUAAUAAGGCGCGACGAAAACAGUGUGUAACACAUCCCAGACGGUAGGUACUUUAGCGAAAGAUAAGCCCAUGCUUAAAGUCUUGAAUCUUAUGUCUUAGUUUCUUUGCUUGCUUCAUUUUGUUUGCUUCUUUCUUUUUUCUUGUACAACUCGGCGUGAUUCGUUAAAAAGUGAACACACUGAAUUCACUUGGACCCAUUUUUGCAGUUUCAGGUGACAGAAAGGAAAAGUAUGGCAAGACACCCAACGCUUUCAUUUUCUCUUUAAAUAACAGCGAACAAACUAGAGCUUUUAAAAGCAUGGUACGAAACUCAGAAAAGGCCACUUCUAAUCAUAUUUACCUUGGACCAACGUUUGGGAAUAAAGACAUCCGAAUAGAUAGAUAUCCCAGCAAAUCCAGAGAUAAAACUAGUUCAGUCGCAAAUUUCGGUAAUGACUACUUCCUUCCAAGUAACGUCACUAUUCAAAACUCUCAAACCAUCCUGGCAGGUGUCAAAAAUUUCAGACCAGACGAACUCGAGGUUUUCUACCUAACCAAGGAGCUCUGCCGUCAAACAAAAGUAAGUCCCCCCUGA